AUGGCAAUUCAGCGCUCUAAGGGCGCGCUGAGCCUAGAGAUGUCUGUGUGUUACGGGAUCGUUGGGCUCUGCUUCGAGAGCCGCUUCGGGCUUGCGCGUUCGGAAGAAGAUAUUAGAGCAGCGGUCUCAUCGUUGAAUAAGGCUUUGGAGCUGAUUCCUGACGGCCAUCCGCGAGUGUCAACGAUUCUGAACAACCUGGGCACUGCACAAAGCAAGCUAUACGAGCAUACUCUGACCGUAAUUGACUUCAAAGCAGCCGUCGAGACCUUCUUGCGAGCAACGUCACACCUAUCCGGCAAACCCUCAAUUCGCUUUCAAGCUGCCGCGAGCUGCGUUAGCUUGCUAUCUAGGAACACCGCCUUUGCCACUAUGGAUAUGCUGCUCUCCGCACACUCGCGCAUCAUUGCUAUCCUUCCCGAGAUCGUAUGGCUCGGGCACGACAUCCAUCGACGCUUUUGGGAGUCUUCUCGGAUGGGCCAGGUCGUCAAUGCCGCCGUAGCUGCUGCUAUCGCUGGUAGAGCAUUGUCUCGAGCUGUCGAGUGGCUCGAGGCAGGGAGGGCCCUUAUAUGGGCACAGGUCUCGUCGCUGCGCACUCCGCUUGAUGAGCUGUAUGACGCACAUCCCAAAUUGGCCGACGACCUUCGUAUCGUCCGAACGCGUCUACAAACGUCCGCGUACGAUGGGUUCUCGCGCCGUAGUGACAGCCUCGCCGACGGCACGGGUCUUGCGGGCAAUCCUGCAGCGGACGAUCAUCGAAAGCUCGUGAUAGAGCACGAGAAACUGUUGAAGAAAAUUCGUGGAAGUCCAGGAUUCGAGGACUUUCUACUUCCGAAGUCAUACAACCAGCUUCUGACUUCCCGGGCGCGUUUGGAUGGUGCGGUAGUUUCAUCAACGUAG